AUGGGUUGCUGUGUCAGUACUUCCAGGACUUCUAAUUCAUCCUCUCCGCCCCGCCAUUCUGGAUCUGCAUUUUCCCAUUCCAAAUCCAAUCACAUUGGAAACAGAGCACCCCCUCCACUGGAAGAAGAGUCUGUCAAAGAGGUUCUCUCUGAAACUCCCAAACCUAAGCCGCCACCGAUUGGGGGGAGAAAACUCCACGAAUCUGCCUCUGGGAACCUCAAUGGGGGAAUCCCCAUUCAUUCCACUGAGGAAAUUUCUGAGAUUUCUGACGUUUGCAGCUUUAACGAAUCCCUGUCUACUACGACUGUAACAGAGAAGCUGGAUGAUUUCGAAGAGAUACGUAAAAGGAUUUGCAGAUCUCCGGCGAAAUUGCCCAAGAACCGGUCGUCGCUCUCGGAUGAUUGGGUUCAGAGGAGGGAUAGAAUGGUGGGUAAAUCGCCAACAAGAAAACCCGAUCAGUCGCCCGGCCGGAUUAACAGCGGCGCUGGAACUGUGAAGUUGGUGCAGAACAGAGACAUGGGGCAGGGACUCCUCGCAAGUCGAAGUUUGAGGCCAGAGCAACGCGUUCAGAACAGAACUGAGAAUUCAUAUCGAAGGUCCAGAUCCCCUGCCACCACUCGAACCGACGGCGAAGCCUCCAGAACCACCGCCGGCCGGAUUCCAUCUGUCCGGCGGUCUGGAAUGUCGCCGGGAAGAGAAGCAGCCACCGGAGGAGACUAUUACAGGAAAGAAACAGGGGAGGUUCAUGCACAGAACGAGACGAUAGAAGGAAAAUGGCGGACAACAAACGAAUCCCUCGAUAACCCACUUGUUUCAUUGGAAUGCUUCAUCUUUCUCUGA